UUUCGAACGGCCCAGGCAUAUCUAACCUCAGGGGUCACGACUAGUUUGCCGGUAUUUUUUCCUGCACUGCCAACUCAUACUAACUCAUAUAGUGGAAACUAAAUAUCUUCCGCCAUAAAUUUCCCAAGUUACUAGUUUGAUUUAGACUCCUUGAAUUUUGCAUUUCCUUUGCUUCUUUGUGUGUGACUAGUCCCCUCUCAUCUCAAAGAAACACCUUCAAACAAACGUAUAAUUUAUUCACAUUAGAAAGAGUUAUCCUUGCUCGUGAAGAUUUCAAAAAUGACCUUACCCCAAACCGUCUAUCUACACGAGUCAAUCGAAACCAUUGAACCGGAAGACUUCUUCGAUGUUUUGAUAAUUGGUGGAGGGCCCCAUGCACUUGGUUUGGCCGCACGCUUAAGGGAGCCUCGUCCAGCAGCACUCUACACGGAUAUAGAGCAUUCUAGAUUGGCUUUCUUGCAGAGACCGGAUGCCGUCAAACUUGCACAUCAGCCUAAGAAACCUUACAACCUCCGAGCUCCCAAUCCAAGUAAGCUCAGAGAGCAAGUGGGAGAUCAUUUUAAUGACGAUUCAUUCCCACGAUUAUUGGCGCUGGAUGCAAGCUCCCCUCAAUGGCUGGGGCGAUGGAACGGCUUCUUUCACCAUCUCGACAUCCCACAUCUAAGAAGCCCAAUGUUUUUUCAUCCAUCUCCUGCCGAUGUCGAUGGGUUGGAGGCAUUCGCGCGUAGAGUGGAUCGCGAAAACGAGUGUGUCGAUUCAGGCGGGGUAGAAGAUGUCUUACCCACUGUGGGGCAAUCAAAACGAGGCGCUGACAAGAUCCGAAAACGGGCAACUAGAAAAAAAGGUUGCGUGAAGUCUUCACUUGGCGCUGAAAUAAAUGAACGAGACAGAAGUUCGUAUGCAAGACCUAGCUCAGGAGUUUUUCGCGACUUUUGUCAGAAAGAAUUAGUGGAAAGAUAUCAUUUGGACGAAGUUUUACGACAAGACACAGUUAAAUCAAUAAGUUUCGGGGACCUUCAUAUUAGAACAGAGGGACGGGGGCGGGGAUUCCAGGUCAUAACCGAAGAAGGAAAGAGAUACGGUGCCAAGUUCGUGGUCAUGUCAAUUGGAGGUCAAGAGUGUCCGGCAAUACCGAAAUGUAUCAGUGAUUGCGCUCAACCGGAGAGUUUAAUUAGCAAAAAUGUUAACUCUCAUCAAGGCCCUGGAUGGUGCCAUUCUAGAUGUUUUGCUUACGGGGGAACCCACGAGUUCAAACAAGCCGUCAAAGCGAGUAAAUCAAUAAACCAAGGGACCAUUGUCGUCAUUGGUGGAGGACUUACUUCAGCUCAAAUAGCUGAUCUAGCCAUCCGAAAAGGCGCCGCAAAGGUAGUCUUGAUUUGCCGCGGUUACCUGAAAACCAAGCACUACGAUUUUCCAUUGUCUUGGGUGACAAAGUACAGCAAUCUGGAGAAAAUGUCGUUUUGGCAAGAGGAUUGUCCGAUGGCACGCUUGAAGAUGGUCCGCCAAGCUAGGAAUGGCGGCUCGGUGAAUCCGUCGACUUUGCUUUUGUUGAAAAAACGCGUAGCCGAAGGGACGCUCAGUUUACGAACGCACACAACUGUUACGCAAGCGAUGCGGGAUAACAGUACUGGAAAAUGGACACUUCAUUUAGUUCAUCAUCCCGCGAACGGUACCAAACGUAUUGAGCAAGCCGAACCCGAAGUCCUCGAGGACGUUACGUUUAUUGUAGCUGCGACGGGUGGAAAGCUCGACUUCGGCUCUAUACCGUUUCUUUCUUCUUUGUUGCAUCCUGAAAAUGGUCCACAGCGACACGAUCACUCGGAACACUCGUCGAAAAAACAAUCUGUCAAUGUACCAGGGGUAAUUGAAGGUCUCCCUCUACUGACGGAAGACCUUCAGUGGGGGAAAGAACUGCCUUUGUUUGUGAUGGGAGCAUACGCUGCCUUAGAGCUAGGUCCAGAUGCUGCGAACCUCAGUGGCUCAAGAGGCGGGGCCGAAAGGAUUGGAUCCAAAUUAAAUGAGUUACUAGAUAAUCCAUGGUUCUUAAAUCCUCAACCCUCUUUCUCAAAACCUGCACACCCGAAGAAAUCGACGCGUCAAUCUAUAAUCCCAAGCAAAACAACCCUCCAACCGACACCCUCGGCCGAACUAUCUACCCUGGGACAGGGUGAGAUGGAAUCGAUCCCCAAGGAUUCCACCGCGGAAUUAUCUGCAGGUAUCGAAGAAACAAUUGAGCAUCAUGAGCCCGUCACUUUCCAGGGAGAAAGUCAGAGCUGUUCAACUAAACGAGGUCGCUGCGCGUUCAAAAUGGGUGCUCGAGAACGGCGAGCAGGAAAUGUUGGAGGCUGGUAUGCCGGACUGGAAGAAGUUGUGAUUUAAAGGGUGUUGUCUCAGUUCGCCUAUGGGAAAAAUCAAGAGGGGGCCUGUUUUCUCGCACCCCAUGAACUCAUCUCAGACAAUUGUAAAAUCUUCUUCUUCAUGAUCGUCUUUGUGUUUUUGAUCCUUGGAGCUCUUGACGCGCCUGAGACUAUGCUAAACCAUUUGCAAAAGUGUGCAGAGACAUAUUUGUUGGAUCAUAGUGAUGAUUCAAGGUUUGAAAAUAUUCCAGCUACUUGAAUCUCUAGUUCAGGACACUCUUUGUGGGGUGACACGUUUUCACCAACAUUUUUUCAAAACAAAAAAAAACAAUGACAAGGUGGACUCAACAACAAAACUGUUAUAUCACGUUUCUUAUUAGUGUGAUGCAACUGUAGUUUAGCAUUUUUGGUACCA